UUGUGGGCUGGCGUGGCUGGGUCCCUGUGGCAGGCUGGGACCCCGGUUGAGGGCAGUGGUUGGGACGGGCCAGACUCGGGGGAGAAGGCUGGUAGAGGCACAGCUUGCUCCGCAAGCAAAGGAAGCCUUCCGCGGUUCCUGGGCACCCACGGGAAACGGACUCGUGGCGUCCGAGGAACCCCCGAAGAGAGCCUCCCCUCCCCCUUCGCACACCACGGGGACUCCCUGUUCCCCAGGCUCGAGGCUCCUUCCCCAGCCCCGCCCUGGGCUUUGACUCCUAGUAUGUCACUGCUGGAUCCUGCGAUCCUCUCCUGUCUUCUUGUCCACUGCCCUCUCACACCCCAGUUGCAUACCUGGGGAAACCGAGGUCCGGAGAAAGGAAUUGAAUUGACCACUUCCACACUAGGGACUUCGGAACUCUUGCAUCCUCGAACAGGGGGUCCCGAAAACUUUUAGCCCACCGACCAAAGACUUGAUCAACUCCGGAGGACCCUCAUCCUCUUGCCAUUUAGGAGAGAAGCCCCCAGGUCUCAGAAAAACUGUCUAAGUCAGAUGUUCCUUCUUGGCUUUCUACAGAUAGGUGUAUGAAUCUCGGCUUCAGGGAUUCUUCAUCCUUCAGGACCAUUACCUGUAAACAGAUUGAUCCACAGAAAAGCAGAUAGAGGCUUUUAUUGGGACCAUACUCAGAAUUACUGAAUCUCAAAAUUGGAUGGGACCUCAAAAGCCAACUAGAUUAACCAAUAACUGAACAAGAAUAUCUUUGAAGACAUCAAGUUUAUAAAGUCAUAUUCUUUUAAGGCUGAAAGGAAAAUGUCAUUCCGUAAAGUGAACAUUAUCAUCCUAGUUCUUGCUGUCACUCUCUUUCUGCUAGUUUUACAUCAGAACUUCCUUGGGCUGAGUGAUUUGUUGAAAAGGGAGAUCUCAGAUCCAAAUCUUGUAGGAUUUCAGCCACUAGCUUUUGUGCCUAAUGCCCCUAAAAGCUUGCUCUCUAGGAGUGAAGAGGAGAUUCCAGUAGUCAUUGCAGCUUCUGAAGACAGACUUGGGGGUACAAUUGCAGUGAUGAAUAGUAUUUACCAUCAUACUCACUCCAAUGUGGUUUUCUACAUUGUUACUUUGAAUGAUACUGCAGACCAUCUCAGAAAAAUGAAGCCCAGAGAAGGGUUGCCCCAAGUGACACAAGGUACCAAGCAUCAGAUAUGGGAUUGGAGCCCAAGAACCAGUGCUCUUCUGCCUAUGCUUCUAAUAUUAAGAAUAUUUUCUACAUGGGAACCCUGGCACCUUCUCAGGACUCUAGACAAUAGAUCCUGGCUCAGCAGUGAUUCUCUAAAAAGCAUCCAAUACAAAAUUGUGGAUUUCAACCCUCAGUGUUUGGAAGGGAAAGUAAAAGUGGAUCCUAAACAGGGGGACUUCUUGAAGCCAUUAACCUUUGCAAGAUUCUACCUGCCUAACUUGGUUCCCAAUGCGAAAAAAGCAAUAUAUAUGGAUGAUGAUGUUAUAGUACAAGGUGAUAUUCUUGCCCUUUAUAAUACACCUUUGAAGCCUGGGCAUGCAGCUGCUUUUUCAGAAGACUGUGAUUCAACUUCUGCUAAAGUUAUUGUCCAUGGAGCAGGGAAUCAGUAUAAUUAUAUUGGAUUUCUGGACUAUAAGAAAAAAAGGAUUCGAAAUCUUGCCAUGAAAGCUAGCACCUGCUCUUUUAAUCCUGGGGUUUUUGUUGCAAAUUUAACAGAAUGGAAACAACAGAACAUUACUUACCAGCUGGAAAAGUGGAUGAAACUUAAUGUAGAAGAAGAAUUAUAUAGUAGGACACUGGCUGGCAGCAUUACAACACCUCCCCUACUUAUAGUGUUUUAUAAACAGCAUUCAAAUAUUGAUCCCAUGUGGAAUGUCCGACAUCUUGGUUCUAGUGCAGGAAAACGAUAUUCACCGCAGUUUGUGAAAGCUGCUAAACUCCUACAUUGGAACGGACACUUCAAGCCAUGGGGAAGAACUGCUGCUUAUGCUAACAUUUGGGAAAAGUGGUAUAUUCCAGAUCCAACAGGAAAAUUCAGCCUAAUCCGAAGACAUGGAGAUGUUGCAAAUGCAGUGUAAAGUAGAAUCCCGACUACCCUUCUUUUCUCAGGAAACAGUAAUGGAUGGUAUUCAGUUGGGAAAAUGUCUUGUGUGUGAUGCUGAGAAUGUUUGUGGUGAAACACAGGAAAACCAACUUACAGCAAUUACCAUACCCAAUGAUUAUGAAGUUUUCCAACAUCAUCCCAACUAGAAUAUGAAAUCACUUGGCAUCUGUCUUACUUGAGAAAAAGUAUUUUACUAACUUUAUUGCUACUACAAAAGAGAAUUUGACCAGCAGAAGUGAAUGGUGUGCCUUCCCCUUCUAGGACUGAUGAGCCAUCUUGCAGUUAGUUAAAUGCUACUGUUUUUGUUCUACUCCUAUAACCUGUGGCUUUGUUUGACACUUUACUUUGCAUGAAACUCACUUGAAGCAUGUUUACAUAUUCUGUUAACUUAGUUUAAAAUACACUACCAGUUAUGGUUUCUUUCAAAAAGUUAUACCUCUUAGUUUUGACUUAGUUACAAUUCCCCAAUACUAUUUAAAGAUGGUUUUUCAUUUUGUUCCAAAAAUAAAAUUUUAAAAUAUG